GCAAGGUGGUGCUUUUACCAUCCUACUGCGCAAGUGCGGUAUCGCAGCAGGGAGGCUCACUUCCGGGUUGGGUGGCGUGCACAUUUCCUCGUCAAACAUUUCGGAAAUAUCCAAGAUCGGACGUCCCUGUUCAAAUAACAUUUAACUCAGAAUGCCGAAGAACCGGUUCACCCACUACGCCGUGGCACGGGGAAGGAAACCUGGGAUCUACACGGACUGGUCUCAGACCAAAGAACAAAUAGAAGGAUUCAGCAGCGCCCGCUACAAGGGCUUCCACUCGGAGGCAGAGGCGCGGGCAUGGAUCGACGAAAAUUCAAACAGCAUCCUUCAGAAGAACAGAAACGACGCUGGCGUUGUCAAGGCAACAGCCAAUGAGAAGGGUGACGCUCAGUCAGGAGCCAAUCAGAGUUUGCCAAUGGCAGGCAAGGGGCAGUCACGUGAUUAUGGCAAACGUCCAUCAAAAAAUGAAACGUCGGAAUCAGAAAAAUCAACCGGAAAACACGUCAUCAGUAAAGUGAAGACCGGAAAUACCGAUGAUCUUGCAGAGGCGCUGUCUGACCUACAGAUCACGAAGCCCCUGACGUUCAAAGAGGCUUUGCCAAACUUCAGGCCAGGAAUCUAUAAAGGUGACGUCAUCAAGCGUCUUUGGUCCAACCUUCUCCAGUCGUGGUUCGAGCGCGGAGCACAAGUCUUCAUCGUCUCACCAUGGAUCGACAAGAAAACGAUCGGUUACAUCAAGAAUCGCCUGAUGACCGGUCAGUCGUCCAUCCAGGCCCUCUACAUCCGGGACCCUUGCUUCACUGACACAAACGGGAAGGCAACCACUCUGGCGGAAGCAAUGCAGGGGGUCUUUUCCGAAAGCGAGGCUGACCGGAUACGCUGUCUGAGGGUCGGCACAGACAGAGAGGCUGACGGGAAGGCCUACUUCCACUGCAAGUUUGUCGCGGGAAGGUUUGAAAAUCACGUUGAGAUACUCAUCACAAGUGCCAACUUCAACGAUCAUCACUUCAAUCCCCUUCAGAGGGAUUCUGUGAUACUGCUCAGUGAAAACUGUAGAGAAUUCGAGACGAGGUAUCUGAGUGAGUUAGACCAUGUAACCAAAGAGGUGGCACUAGCUACUGUGCUGGCAACUUGA